AUGUCUUCGCCAUGGCUCUCUGCCUCGGAUGCGCAGCAUUCCACCUCGGACGACAAUGCGUGGGCCAACACCGCCGCAUCGUCGAGUCAGCAGAUCCGUAGUCGCAAGUCGUCGUUUCAAACAGCUUCCCGGCCAGACGGCGUCGACGAUCCGUGGUCUGACCGGCAGCCCAGCGCAUCCAGUGGACAGCUCCGGGCGCGCAAGUCGUUUCUCACGCCGUCAAGGGCAGAAGUCGUCGAUCGGCAUCCUCUUCGAUCGCCGUCUCCAGGUCAGGCAGGCGCGCGGCCAGAAGCAACGAGAAGACCAUCGGCAGUGGCAGCCGAGUGGAAGGCCAUCAGCAACGGUCUUGCAGGUCUAUUCGGCGGAGCUUCCACCAGUACGGAAUACAGCUGGCCACCAGAUCCUUCCUCCUCCUCCCAACCGCACGUCGACGACGAAGCCAACAAGGGCCGCGUCGAAUCCACGCUCGGCAAGCUUGAAAAUUGGUUCGGACUCCAACCUCCGCCCUCGCAACGCGCCCAAUCUGCAUCUACAUCUACAUCCACUGCGAAAGAAAGGGAGGUGGGCGAUGGACAGGUUCGAGUCUUGAUACACCCUGUCUCGUCCGGGGAUACGCUUGCUUCCUUGGCGCUGCAUUACGGCGCUGACAUCCAGGUGCUGCGCAAGGCGAAUCGGUUGUGGCCCGGCGAUCCCGUGCAGAUCCGCAAGUCGAUCUACGUGCCCGUGGACAGCUGCAAGCAUCGGCCGCCGAACGCAAACAUCAGGGUGAUGCACACAAAACAAGGCGCCGUCGAUCCUACGCUGGCGUUUGUACCAAAGGAGGACGAGGACCUGCUCACCGGUACGCCGGUCGAAGAGUUGGUGCCAGGCUUGCCGGGAGGUACGGAUCCGGUGGCGUCCUUCAUGCCGGAAACGAACAAAGCCUAUUCCCAAGAGGCGUUUGGAGCCUCGCUCUCCCGAACUGGCUCGAUCAAGAGCUUGACUCCCGCGCUGCGCGCGCUCAACCAAGCACACGGCUCAAACGUAGGUGCAAGUGCGGGAGCGGGCAGGGAUGGCGGAUCGAGCAUAGCAGCGUCGGGAACCAGUGGCGGGUUCGUACCGCCUCAGCAGCCGCUGCAUGUGGCCAAAGUGCCAGCGGACCAGCUGCGCUUCUUUCCCACCGACGCACCCCCCACAGCCGGCAAGAGCGGCAUCGACGAUCUGCUAAGCACCACGCCCAACGGUGCAGAGAGACCCACUCUGACCCGUGCCGUUUCGAGCAGUACGUCAGCAAUGGACGACGACGAAGAAUGGAAGCCCAAUACGUGGCACUUUGGCCGUCCUGCCACCAACAACACCAGCACCAACUCGAACACCGAGGCAGAGGGAUAUCGUGGGUGGAACGACGCUCCUCCUCCUCCGAACGCCGUCGUAGCGAGAGCAUACACUCAACCGCGCCAGUCGCACCACCGGCUCUUGAACGACCUCGCAGCGGGCUUACCUGCCAAUCCAGGGGCAGCGAGCAAGUGGGCGCGUCCGAUCCAGUUUGGUGACUCGCUACCCUCCAACUCCACCACUACCACCGCCGCCGCCGCCGCCAAGGAGAGAAAAGGCGGGCUAGGAAGAUUGCUCGAUGAUACGAUCCGGGGCAGGAUCAGUGUGGAGCGCGCAUUGGGCAACGCAUUCGAGACGACGUCGCGACAGCUAGCACCGCCAAGACCAUCAGCGGCAUCCAGGCCACCACCAGCGUCCCGACCACCACCACCGGCAGCAUCGCAAAGCUCGGGAUUGCAAGAUGCACCGAUCGCAGCAAAGGCAGAUGCCGCAGUCAUGGAUCGAGGCGUUUCGACAGUGGCCAGACGCAAUCGUGCAGACUGGACAAAGAGCAAGGACGAUUAG